UGUUCUUAACUUAUCUGACGUAAAACUGUUGUUCUUUGUAUUUCUUUAAAGUCGAUACUUUAUUUGUUUUUUUACAAAGUAUUGGUUGUUACCUGCUUUUUUAAUUAGGUCAUAGUUCAAGGAGCCCUUCUCUGGUUGGCACACUUCGUAUUAUUUAGAGGUCGAACGUUUGUGUAAUUCAAAACUGUCCACUUUCCUUCUCCAAGAUGUGGAACACAGUUGUGAUAAAGAAAUGCCUUUAAAACCCUUUUCAUAUCCUGUGCCAGAAACAAGGUUUUUCCACGCUGGAAACAGUAUAUAUAAGUUUAAAUUUCGAUAUGGCAACAGCACUACCACUGCAAACCUGCCAUCUAAUGAAGAGGACAUUUUACAGGAUCUUGAGGAUGCUGUACGGACUGUGCUUGGAAACCUUGAAAAUCUGCAGCCUUUUGUAACUAAGUACUUCACUGUUUUUCCUUGUAUCCUUUGCUAUUCUGUUUAACUCAGCAUUUCAAGCUGCAAGUGUGUUUUUUUUUUUUUUUUUUUUUUUUUUGACAUUUUAGGUCUAUGCGUUUGUCUUUGUAU